AUGUUCCCCGGCUCUGUUUUCAUGCGAGCCGUGCCAGCGUACCUCCAGCUGGGGUUUGCCACCGCCGCGUUUGGAAGUUUCGUCUGUGCCAUGUCUGCGGCGAGGAAUUUGUCGACGCUGUAUGCGCUGAGAUUUCUCGUUGGGGUUGGUCAGGCGUUCGUGCAGAUCUCGGGAUUGUAUCUGACUUUGUGGUAUACGAGGCGAGAGGUUGCGUUUCGGGGUGCUAUCAUCUUCUCAUCCGCUACGCUUGCCGGAGCUUUCAGUGGGCUGAUUGCGUAUGCCGUUGGAGACACAUUGACCGUUGGUAACAGUGGCCGUGCUCCCUGGCAGUGGCUCUUCCUGAUCGAAGGAGUCAUCGCGAUUGCGUUCGGGUUGGUUGCGGCAGCGUUACUUCCUCGCUACCCUGAUCGUCUCCAGCAUACCAAGCACUGGCUAUUCAGUCAGGCGGAGAUCCAGCUUGUGCUGGAACGAACAGCUGCUUGGAACACCAAAGGAGCAAAGACAUCCUGGCGCCAAGUCUGGACCACGCUCACCGAUCCAAAAAGCUACUCCUUCGCCUUGCUCAACAGCGCAACAGGCCUAACAUUAUCGACCACCGGCGUCUUCCUCCCGACCUUCAUCAAACAACUAGGAUACAGCGACGUGAACGCCCAGCUCUUCUCCGUGAUCCCCUACGCCUUCGCCUUCGCCGCCAUGCUCACAAUCAGCUACAUCAGCGACAAACUCAACCUCAAAGGCCCGUUCAUGGUAUGCGGAUUCGCAAUGUCGGCGACGGGAUAUAUCGUCCUCCUCACAGAUCACACAGCCCUCGCCGGCAUGGUCGCUGCAUGCCUCAUCAUCAGCGGGACGUAUACGAGCAUCGUCUUGGGAGUCGCAUGGCUCGGGAUCAACAAUGCCGGAUUUACGAAGCGUGCGUCGACGUGGGCGCUGGCCGAGGUGUUUGCUCAGGCUUUUGCGAUUAUGGGUAUUCAGUUGUAUGGGAAGGGGAGUCCGCGGUUCAUCACUGGUCAUUCUACGGUGCUUGCGUUUCAGGUCCUCGCUAUCAUCGUCGCCGUGGCUAUGAUGAUAGCUUUCAGGCACUUGAACAGGAAGCGCGAUCGAAUCCUCGAGGAGUAUGCUGCGCGCGGAGAGGCCCAUCCGCAUCUUGAACGGACGUUGGAGGAGGAGUGUGACUUUCAUGUCAACUUUAGAUAUACCUUGUGA